AUGGGCUGCGGUUCGUCAGGAUGUCGCAGGAGUGGUGUGUACGACCCAAGUGAGCAUCUGCUGGGAGUCCAGCCACUACCUCACACUCAGAGGCGAGGCUCCAAGCCGACACUACUCGGCCGGAAGUCGGAAGCGCCAAAGAUUUCAGAUGAGGGAGCUGCAGAUGCCGAAGAUGCCAAAGAGGAAAUCAUGACCGAAUCGACUUCCAGCACCACAAGAAGGAAUGUUGCCGCUGCUACUCCGAAGAGGGCCUCGCGGCCAGGCAAGCCUCGGGGUGCCGCUGCAGCGCUCUUGUCGCAAGCAAGCCCCCACGGCCCAAAGGAAGUCUCGCCGGCCACGGGAUCAACGGCACUGCCAGCUCCACCAUCCCAAUCAGAGGAUUCUGUUCCGCUGGGAUCUGCCCAGAGUGUUGACAGCAGCUCUGAUGCCCAGGUCCACCGAAGUCCACAACCAUCUCAAUCUAGAGCAUUGUGCUGUGGUGAUGGAUGUUUCGGCGGUUUCAGAGGACUGCUUCGCUCCUCUGCAGACAGGAAGCCUGGUGAAGGGGCCGAAUCGGCUCCAUUGCAGCUGCCAGUUGGCCGGUCUUUUCAGGAGCAGCGCGAGUCCGAACGACGAGUACGGCUUGCGGAGCUCAACAUGCGCUUUGCUGCAGCACAAGAAGCUGCCAAGGGGCUGUUGCUCUCAAGCGAUGAGAAGUUGCAGCUAUAUGCCUACCAAAAGCAGGCAAUCGAAGGUCCCGUUUUUGGAAACCCGCCCAGCGCCUUGAACGUGACUGCCCGCUCAAAGUGGGAUGCAUGGGCAAAAUUGAAGUGCAUGGACAAGGAUGUUGCCAAGCAGGGUUACUGCGCCCUCGUUGACAAGUUCGCACCUGGUUGGAGGUCAAGAGCAGGAGUUGGAGUCUGA